GUGUUUGUGUACAUCUGUGGAAAUGUGAGAGUUACACGUGGAGUGAGAUGCGCCUGCCUUAUUCCUGAACAGGAGGACAUAUUUUAAUCGAUUAUUGAUCGACACAGUGAGCAGCGGCGGAUGUAACUCUGGUGCGUGUGCGUGUGUGUGUGCGUGUGUAAGCCUCCUCGCGCUCCGCCUCACCCUCAGACCUCUGACACACGCUGAACGGGGCUGUGGAGUCACCGAUGAUCGACUCAGUGAUCGAUUAAUCAGCAGAAGAGGACUGAAGAGAAGGAGUCUCUGUUAAUCUCAUUUUAAUCUCAGACCAGUUUGGAUUAAAAGUAAACUCUGGAUUAUUUUUUAAGGAUAUUUUCAGACAGUUUGUGUUGACUCAGCUGGAUUAUUUUACUGUUUUAUUCUCCACAGCAGUGAAGGAUUCUGGGAUUUUAAUCUGGAUUAUUUUUUCUUUUUAAAGUGUUUUUGGUGACGCCAUCAGGUGCUGUGCUCCUAUUGGAGCAUCUCUAAGGAUCAGUAAUGAGUGUCUACAGCUUUCUCUGCAGUCUACAGUUGUGGUGGUAGUGAUAGCCUGCAGCCUGUAGGGGGCGAUGUCUGCGGCCUUUGACAGCCGGGACAUGGUGGAGGACUUCCUGCGUCUCAGGCUGCAGCAGGACGGGCUGGACUGGAGAGCCGUGCUGCCGCUACGGCGCCACCACACAGCAGCUACAUCAACUCUGAGCUCAGGGUUACCGUGGAGAUCCGCCCAGGUGAACUCUCCUACAGGUGAGUGGGUGAACAGUGUUGUCAUGGCAACAGCUGAUGUGAUGGACCGCCUGUCCUUGUGUAUUAAAGCCAAUGUAACUUUAAAAAAUACAUACAAAUGGCAGUAUGACGUUUACUGUAAAUAUGACGAACAAGUACAGAAAUACUUCCUGCUUCAGGACUGACCCCCAACUUCCACCUUCAUCCUGAUCGUCUCCUAAAAGGUCGUAUCCUCCGAUCGUAGCUGAUCGUAACCAUUCAAGAAAAGUAAUUUCAUUUUAGAGAUUAGAGCUGAAAUGACUUUUAAUCUCACUGCUCUUGUGAUUUUUUCAGUCUGGACCACUUCUACUAAAAGUAUUAUGAUGUUUGUAAAGAAGGCAGGGAGAGCAGCAGCAAAACCAGGCGGUACAGAAAAGUCCAGAUCCUCUGAGUCCAAAAACGGAGAUUUUCAUGUAUGGCGUUUGGUGAUGUGGUUCUUUCUGAGAGCGUGCUGCACGUCCACGAGCAGAAGGCCGAGGCAGGGAGAGCAGCAGCAAAGACUUGGAGGGGUUGGAGGACAGAGCAGGAAUCAGUGAUACCUGCUAACACUCAGCAUAAACAGGUGGAGUUAGGAUGAAGCAGGAAGAGAAAGCAGGCGGAGUUAGAGCUGUCAGCUGAUGUGGGCGGGGCAUCACUUUGACUGUUUCCAGGUGAGAAGCUGCUGUCCUACAUCAGGACAUGAUGUCUUCCUGUUGACGUGACAUUCUCCUCCUAAACUGUCUCCCCACAGAUCCGACCUUGGCUCCGCCCCAGCUUCAAGUCAUCCUCCGGGGCGCCUGCAGGGACAUGGAUCAGCGUUACCAUGGUGACCUGGAGGCCCACCUGUCGGUGCUCUUGAGGUUUGAUGUCAGAGGCUUGACAACGGUCAGGGAGGAGCUGUUCAGGGAUGGGGUGAACUGGGGACGUAUCGUGGCCAUGAUGGAAGUGGGCGGAGCUAUGUGCACUGAGGUGGUAAAGACAGGUGGACCGUGGCGGGUAAAGGACGUCACAGACUGGAUGAAGGACGGUCUGGACUCACUGCAGGGAUGGAUAGAAGACAACGGAGGAUGGGUAAGUGGAGCGGUCCCUUCUUUUGGUUCCGGUAACAGUUUAGUUAGAGUGUUUGGGUCAAAGUUCACGAAGAGGCAGUAACAAACUGAACCACAUGAGGGCGCAGGAAGGCGAGUCCAGACUGCUGUCCCUCUGUGUGAGUGAAUCUAGGAGGUCUUCAUCGUUGAAGUCAGUCAGGGGUUCGGCUUCGUCAGGUCUCUGCUUGUUUGUGUUGCUGCAGUUUAAUAUUUAAGACUCAGCCGCUGAAGAGCCCGCCGUCUCUUUAGGAUACCAAGAACCACAGGGUGUCUUCGUUUAAGUUCCUGAUGGGGGUCUCUGAAGGCCGGGGAACAGUUGGACACAUUUGUUUGCUGGAUUUAAGGGAGUCUUUAUUGAACCGCUUCGACCUGAGCAGACCUGAAUCGAGCUUUUCCAAGAAUGCAGAGAAGAGAGACUAGUCUGAUUCCCUUCAGCUUCCAUCCAGGAAUUAGUCUGACCCUGGGACGGGAUUCUCUCUGGGGAAAAGUACAGAAUAUUAAAAGAUCUGAACAACGUUAGUAUCACAAGACUUUGGUUCACGGGGGGGUAUUUUAGUUAAAACAGACAUAGAAACAGAUCCAGCAGAAGCUGUGUGAAUCUAUGAGAGUGAAUCUGAAUGAUGUUUUUAUCACAUCAGGGCUUUUAUUUUGAAAUUCUCCUCAGGGGUCAGUGGAAGACUUUCAGGAGGUUUCACUUCGAUUUGGGGAUUCUUGAGUCAUUUAUCAUGACAGGAUUCAGAGUCUGUGUGUGUGUGUGUGUGUGUGUGUGUGUGUGUGUGUGUGUGUGUGUGUGUGUGUGUGUGGUUUGGUGUGGUUUGGUGAACAGCUGUGACUGCAGACUCAGAAAAAAGCUGAUUUGGUUUAAAUGCAAAUUAUAUGCAAAGUGCAGAAACCCCCCAAAACUCUGAAACCGAGUGUGUGUGUGUGUGUGUGUGUGUGUGUGUGAGUGUGUGUGAGUGUGUGUGUGUGUGAGUGUGUGUGUGCAUAAAAGACAGCAAGUGAAAAACAGAGUGAGAGACUGCAGAGGAUCUGUUUUUGUAGUGUGUGUGUAUUUAUGUGUGUGUAUUACUGUGUGAGUUUCGUGUCUGUCAGACAGUUUAACAGUUUGAUAAUUUAACCCUGAGUACGACCUUAAAGGAGUUCAGAAAGGGCUGGGCGAUAUCGGAAAAAGUUUAUCACGAUAUUUUUCUCAUAGUAGUCGAUAUCGGAAUAUAUCACGAUAGUCCCCGACUUUGUGAGAACAUGUACUCGACAUAAUUUACAGUCCACAUUACUCUGCUUCAUGUCCGACCUCCAAAAACCAAAAUACCUCCACACCACCGACGUUUUCCUAACGCCAGUGUUGUCGUUGACAUUGAUGUGGUCAUCUGUUGAGCCUUCAUGGUCAUUUCUGUCGGGGGUAGCACUCAUUUUCUUUGUUUCUCAACAACAGUGCUGUCGGCUUCACCUGUUAAAGUGCUAUGGUUGGGUGGAGCUGCUGUCUGCUACGACGCUGCAGUUGAUUGAUACUUGGUUCUAAUUCAGAACAUGAUUGGUUCAGACCCGGAGAAACUCCCCUUUUCAUUGGCUGUUCGUAUAGUCGACCAAAACAUGGCAGAAUGACGACUAUUGAAAAGGAUAUUGAUCAUGUUUUAUAUUGUGUGUGUGUGUGUGUGUGUGUGCUGUCACCAUGGUGAUACGAAUGCAGAUCGGAAAAGUCCCCAUAGGGCGUAGACCUCAGGGAACCCCCUAGAGUAUAGUUCCUCUUAAAAAAGUCCCCAGAACUGUUGGGUCCAAUAACCCGUAUAAACGCCCAGGUAAACAGAGUGAGAGUGUGACACUCUCAGGUGAAUCCAUGUCUGUGCUCUGAUUGGCUGAGAGCAGCCAGGCCUCAUGAAAACAUGACGAUUCCUAAAGGGUUAAAAUCCAACAGAGGAGAAUUUAGGGUUAGGUUUGAGUCGAUCAGAGCUGGGACAGGUGUGUGUGUGUGUGUGUGAGAGAGAGAGAGAGAGAGAGAGAGAGACCCCUGAACACAGCAGACGGAAACUUUCACUUUCUAUUCGUGUCCUCCUCUCCUGUCUCUGUGGUUUCCUUCAGUUUAAUCUAAACCUGAUAAUGAUGAGUGUGUGUGUGUGUGUGUGUUUGUGGUCGUCUUUGUGUACUUGUGAGGACCAGUCACUGAAGGAGAACCUUUCCUGUGAGGACUUUCUUCUUCUGUGGUAAUUUUACAGAGUCCAAACACUUCGAUAACUUUCUAUUUCCUCUCAUAGAAGAUCUGAUUUAAAGUCUCAGUUUAACAGUCUACUCCCUUUAAUGCUUGGUUUCAUUUCAUUAAACAUGAAGAUAAAAUCCACACCCACUCUCACAGGUAAGGUGAGUUUAUCUGCGGCACAGUUCAGCACUCCAAUACAGAAGUAUGUAGAGUUAAUGAGCGUCUGACUCAGAGGUAUAGACAAACAACAAUAAAUACAGGUGUAUGGAGAAAUGGACUGUGGAACAGCUGCCAUGUGUCAUUUCUGUUGUCAUGGUAACUGUAAUCUAUAAUCUGAGGCAGUGGAAGCAGGUUUAUGUCAAACAUGAGAGGACCCAGGAUGGAGCCUUGGGGAACUCCACUCACUUAUAAUUGUGUGUGUGUGUGUGUGUGUGUGUGUGUGAUAGACUCUCUAAUCUUGGAAGGACCAAACAUUGACAGAUAUCCACUCUUAUGAGGACCGUCCUGCUCGUGUUAACAUGUUUGUAACAUUAAGUAAAACUUUAAACUCUGAACGCCCCGAUGACAGUAGAGUCAUUUUUCCACCAUUCCAGCUACAACGGAAAAGGAAGUCCACAUGUGUGUGUGUGUGUGUGUGUGUGUGUGUGUGUGUGUGUGUGUGUGUGUGUGGUAUUACCUAGAAUCAUCUUUCCAGGUAACCAGUGUGGUUGAGUUUCCGCCACAGACUUCAGAUCAGCUGACAAAACGGUUCUGUAGAAACUCGGUGCAAAAAAUAACAUCUGAAGGAGCCGAAAAAGAUGAUCUUAGAUAACACACACACAGACACACACACACACACACACAGACACACACACACACACACACACACACACAGUUUUCAUGUUGUCAGUUAGUUUUAGGAGAGAGGUUGGCACUGGAUUGUUGGAGCACUUGGCUUCACACUCCGACACUGUAGCUGAAGGUGUGUGUGUGUUGUGUAUGUGUAUGCGAGUACACAAACAUGUGUGUGUGUGUGUGUGUGUGUGUGUGUGUGUGUGUGUGUGUAGUUAGCUCUAAGAACACAGGCAGUGGUGAGUCAAACUGCUUUCUCAGAAUUUAGUGUCAAAAUUUUCCACUAAGAUGUUCAGAUUGAGACGGGCCGCUCUGUGUGUGUGUGUGUGUGCGUAUGUGUGUGUGUGUGUGUGUGUAUAUUUGUCAUACUGCAGACUGUCCAUAAACACACUCUCUCCCCCUCUCUCUCUCUCUCUCGGUGUGUGACUCAUGGUUUCAGAGAAAUUUCACUCGGGCUGAUGUUCAAACAUCACACCAGCUUCACACAUCAUGAAGAUGAAACAACAACGUGUGUGUGUGUGUGUGUGUGUGUGUGUGUGUGUGUGUGUGUGUGAAGAUCUUCCUCUCUCUCUCUCUCCGAGUCUUCCUCUCUACGGUGGCUGAAAAGGACAAAAUGCUUCAAAAGAUCUGAGCUGAAAACUCAAAAACAUGAGAGCAGCUCAGACACGUGUGUGACAGCGGGGUUCUCCCCUAAUAAUCAUAUUCCUGUUCCACUCCAACACACACACACACACACACACACACACACACACACUUCCUGUUCAGUCUGGUUCAUAUUUCGCUGGGUCUCCAUGGUGAUCCACGUCCCUCAGAGACACGUCUUCAGACUGAACUUCAUCCUGGUCUUCAUCAGUCAGAGUUAUCAACAUAACCUCGUCUCUGCUGAUAAAGUUCAAACUCUUCUUAGUUCUGUGAAAACUUUUAUUGUGAAAGAUUUGAAUGCACAGGCGCUGACUUCCUUUACAGAAAUGUUCAGGUAGCUGCUGCCAUCUUGUGGCGAUUACGUGGUCCUACAAAUUACAGUGUGACUCGAUAAGAGGCAACAAACUCUCAGUUCGUUUACAGUCACAUCGGACUAACCUCAUUAUUUGUUUGUUUUCUCUGAAUCAGACUUCUCUCCUUGUCCUCGUUUACAUGCAGCUGAGAAAAUCGAAUUAUUGACGUGAACGUGUCCUCCUCCCCAACACUAGGGGGCGAUAUGGGUCUUUUCAGCGGUGCUGUUUCUGCACUUUUCUAAAGAUGUCUCCAUUCCUCGUUUUGCGACCGUCCAUAUACUUUUGUGCUUCAGCCAUGUUGCCGUUGCCUCUGAGUUGAAAGUUCGUUAAAUAAUAGCGACACUUCUUCUCUGGUGUUUUUGUUCUGUGGUUACGGGGGCGUGGCGCACGCGCACGUGUUGUCCGAUCAUACUCUGACUACGCUGGUUACAUGGUAGAGACAAUCGAAUUCCAAUCUCAUUAUCUAGGUGUCUUAAUCAGAGUUCUGAAACUCUGAUUAUAGUCGGACUAAAGUGUUUACAUGACCUUCAGUUGUCCGGUCUUAAUCGGAGUAAGACGAUAAUUCGGUUUUCUCGAGUGUCAUGGAAACGUAUUACUAAAGUCGUCCACCAGGACUUGACCUCUCUCUCUUCUCUCUAUUUCCCAGGAUGCCUUUGUGGAGCUUUACGGUGUGCCCACACCUCCAGUGAGUCUCUGGUCCCUGAGGACUCUGUUUGGACUGGCUGUACUGGGAGCAGCUGGGAUCACACUGGCGGCCAUUUUCAUCCAGAGAUGAAACAUGAAAGUGCAAAAGUGACUGAAAAAAACUCACCGAUCUGUUUCCACAUCUUCAGUCUGAGCUGAUUCCUUCUGUGUAGAAACUUCUUCUUUAAAUCAGGAGCUGGAUGGUGGACUUCUUCUGUGUUAUUGGAGUUAUGGUGGUCCAACGGUUCAGUCCCGUUUCUAGUCACAACGGUCAAAUCUGAAAGUUUCAAAAUAAGAUCCAUCAAAGAGUCGUUGUUUCCACAGCUGAACCUUCAGUGUUUGUCCAAUAAAAUCCACUUUAUUUAUAUAAACCCUUUAAAAAACAAAAAGGUUUACCACAGGGCUGCACAGAGUCCUGAACCAAAGACUGAACAGACCUCCUGAAUAAGAAGUUAUUUUCCAGGUCCUUCCUAAAAACAGUCACUAUUAAAGAGUUUAGAUCUGACUCAUAGGAAAUAAAUCACAGGGAAAAUAACUGUUAAAGGGAGUGAAUAUUCAGGAAAUAAAAAACAAGAUUUUACCUGAAAGAAGCAAAUUUAGAGAAAAUAAGGGAGGACCCGGACCGGAGCCCUGAGGGACACCGUAGAGGGAGGAGAAGGAGGAGGAAAACCCGAUCCAAAGCCGAACACCGUCUCUCGUGUUACGCUUUAAUAAAUCUGAUAAUCUGAAAUAAUUUACUGUUUUUUCCUCAAUAAAAGCUGCUUUGUUGUUUUUUUCUUAUGCUUCUGAAGUUAGUCCUUAUAUAUAGAUAUUUUAUUAUGUUGUAGCAGUAGAACUGAAUUAUAUUAGUGACUGUAUCAUUUACAUGUAAGCACUUUAUUAAUUUUAUUUUCACCAAAUAAAAAAUGAAUUUCAGUCUCAGUUUCACUGCGAAUUAUACUUUUUUGAAAAUACACAUAUAAACACAUACAUACACAGAGUUUAUUUUUUUCUGCUUAGUCUCAGUGGAAAUAGAAACUAUCGGUCAAACUGUUCGCUUGUGAUUAAGACGUCUUUUUGUAGUUAAAAUAUUCAAUGGUAACCGGGCUGUUAUUUAAUUAAAGCUUUAAUCAGCUUAGAAAUGACCGGAGUUAAACUGAUUUUUUUUUAAAAAAAGGUUUCAAACAAAAUUUUAGAGAAAGAAAAAAGUUUUAUUCAUUCUUUCAACAGGAGAAACAGACACGGUACAUUUAUAAAAACAGGCAGAGGGACACGGAAGAAUCACCUGAUACAAACAGGCGAUACGGACGUCACACCAACGCUCAGUUUGGAAACAUCGACCGUCAGAGAGAGGAACCCGACUGAACCGAAACGAGAGGAAAACUAAGUUAAAGAUCUGAGUUAAAGUUUCUUAAAGAGCCUGAAGACCUCAGAGACAUUCACUGAGGUCUGUUUUUCUUCUUUGUUUCUGUGGAAAAUAUCCGUUUGUUUAACUUCUGCUGGGAGAGUUAACGUUCAUAAUGGAUCUCCAGAGAAACGGAUAAUUAGCUCGGCUGUUAGAGAAGCUAAUGUUGAUAAUAUUUAGUCAGAGAUUUAAAGCCUGGGUCUUUUUUUCCUGGGUUGGGGUAGAUCGAGGUUUUCUUUGUUUCUUUUAUUCCUUUUUCUGUGUAAAGCGCUUUGUGCUACAUGGGCGUGUAAGAAAAGUGCAAUAUAAAUAAAGACUGACUGGUUAAAGUAGUCGCUGGUCUUUAGGAAAGUC